AUGUCGAUGGUGCAUUUGAAGCUUGGACCGCAGCCUCGUCAUGUGAAAGAAGUUGGAGAACCUUGCAAGGUCGUCGCGGCAUACGGCGGCACCAAAGAAAUGCAGCCCACCGCCAACAUUCGGGCCGGACACUACGUCACUGCUGGCUCAGCGACGCCGGCAUCCACGCACACAUCGAGCAUAAUACUCCUUAAUGGCUUAUCAUGGUUUUCAAAAGAGACGGGCGACGGUGACAGCGGCGGUGGUGGUGGUGGUGGUGGCAUUAGCUACCCGGAGAACUGGAGCAGUCUUAUCGGCAUCGUGACGGCGAUAGUAGGCAACGUGCUGAUAUCGUUUGCGCUCAACAUGCAGCGGUACGCGCACAUCCGGCUGGAUCGCGAGUGGCAGGAGAAGGAGCGGCAGCGCAAGAGGAGGAAUGCGUCCGGGCUGAGCUUGAACCGCUUGAAUGAAGAAGUGACAAAGUUUGGCGGCCGAAGUAAGGAUCAGCAGCAGCAGCAGCACGGAAAUGGCACCGCAGACCAGACACAUGCGCCCGAUGCGAAUAUCUUUGAGGCGACCGAGUCGGAUCCCCUCGUUGCGAACUCGCGCUCGCAGUCGAGACCGGGCGUGGAGAGGGGCGACAGCGCGGGAUCAGGGCCGGACGAGGAGGUCUACAAGCAAAAGUCGUAUCUCAAGUCGCCGUACUGGUGGUUCGGCAUCAUUCUCAUGACGGUGGGAGAGGCAGGCAACUUUCUCGCAUACGGAUUUGCGCCUGCGUCCAUUGUCUCCCCGCUCGGUGUCGUCGCACUCAUUUCCAACUGCAUCAUUGCGCCGUUUAUGCUCAAGGAGCCGUUUCGCAAGCGGGAUGCGCUGGGCGUCAUUAUCGCUGUCGGAGGCGCCGUGACGGUCGUUCUUUCGGCAAACGAUAACAAUCCAAAGUUGGGGCCUGGCGAAAUUUGGGAUUUGAUCAGGCGAUGGGAGUUUGAGACGUAUCUUGGUAUCACUGUUGGUGUGAUUAUCGUCUUGAUGGGCGCUAGUAACAAGUAUGGGGAUAAGAACAUUUUGAUUGAUCUGGGACUUGUAGGGCUGUUUGGUGGAUAUACAGCGCUCUCAACCAAAGGUGUUGCGUCGUUGCUUUCAUAUACGCUAUGGCGGGCCAUUACUUUUCCAGUCUUCUAUCUACUGGUUACUAUUCUCGUUGGUACUGCAGUCAUGCAGAUCAAAUAUGUCAACCGUGCACUGCAGCGCUUCGAUGCCACCCAGGUCAUUCCCGUCCAGUUUGUUCUCUUCACUUUGUCGGUUAUUGGUGGGUCGGCAGUGCUCUACCGCGACUUUGAAAGGACUUCAGCGCAGGAUGCAGGGAAGUUUAUCGGUGGAUGUGCCUUGACCUUCUUUGGCGUUUGGCUGAUCACGAGCGGACGACCUCCGCAGCACAAUGAGGAAGAUGACGAGCCAGAUCAUGAUGCAAUGUAUCUGGCAGGAGAACGUUAUACGGAUGAUGUGGAUGAUACAGGCGACGAUAUUGCUCAAAGUACGCGAUCGACGUCGCGUCCACUUUCACCACCUAUCAACAUUCCUUCUCGCUACCGCGAUGACGACUCGCGCCCAUCAACACCAACCAUUGUGGUUAUACCCGACCCAGUAACCCCACCAAAUCCCGUUCGCUCAGUCUCUGCCGACAUCAUGUCUUCUCUAGUCGCAAACCCAUGGACCCAACCCAACGAACCCGAAGAUCGAACACCAUCACUUAACCGCCACACCUCAACCCCGGUCCUACCAUCCGAAGCCGCACCCUUACCCUUGGCCUCAACCAGCGACCCCGAACUAGGACUUCCCUGGACCCCGACAAGAGGAAAAUCCCAAACCGACAUGCCCACCACCCCUGGCUCCCAACUCCGUCGUCUGCGCACCGUCGACCGCCCGCAGGGCACUCGCAACAGCAUCGCCGGCCCCCUCCUCGCCAGCCCGCUCAGCACCAGCCUCAGCACCAUGGUCCAAGACCUCAAGCGCGGAGCCAGCGUCCGCUACCGCGACCCAGACGACUCCAUCCGCCGCCGCGGUAGCGUCCUUGGCCUCGGCUCUUCCUCGCACGAUGCCGCCGCCGCCGCCACUGCUGUCGAUGACGGCGCUAUGAUGGGCGGCGGUACGACUACGAGUGAACCGCUGAGUCGCCGCCAGACGCGCGAUAGCCAGGCUGGGCCGUCGGAGGGCGCGGUGACUGCGAGGACAGGCAGGGGCAGGAGUCUUAGUGGAACACUGAGUGAGCUUUGGAGGGGGUUGGGCGGGAGGGGGAGUAGGGAGGAUAUUAGAGGUGAGGCGGAGCGGGAAGAGAGAGGUAGUUGA